AAAGAAUCAAGUAGUGAGAUUGUACCGACUUACAACUCGUCCUCCGGCAACGUCAAUAAUCAUCUAAUCAAGUUAUAAAUUAGAAAUCAAUUAACAAGUGAUAUCUACAAGGGACGAAUUACAACGAGAAAACGCUAUAAAUUUCGUUUUGAAGAGUUUUGGGACGUUCGGAAGCGUUGGUGAAGGGCUUUCGAUAAUCGAUCUCCUAACGGUCGACACUUUGCAGUACUCGACCAUAUUUCAAUCGUAAAACAGGUGCGAGAAUGCACUCUCGUGGGAUAAAAUCAUCUAUGGUGCCGACCUUCGGUAGUAUUCAAUUGAUAACGUGCCUGUGGAUCGGGUGCGCCGUUUGGUGCCUCGUGCAGGCCACUGAUGGCCAACAUUUCUAUCUUCAAACUCGUUACGGCAAACGUGACGUUUCACGUGCGGACGUGCCAGUACGGUACGAGCGUUCAGCGAUCUAUCAUACGAAUGGCCGAUACGGACGUAGCGAAUCAAAGAUUUCAGCGGAACCAUCGAGACCGGUGAAGAUUGUGCCAAGAAACAAUAUGUUUUUCCUGGGGAGUCGAUAUGGUAAAAGAUCUCUCGAAGAUCAACGAGUGAUUUAUCAUUCGGAAUAUCCUUUGGAACGUCUCGAUGCUGUUCUUGAAUACGUGGACGAGGCUCGGCGAAUAGCCGAAGCGAGAAAAAAUCAACAGGAGGAUUUACGAGAAGAAGAUGAACGACAAGAUGACCUGGAAGUUGGACCAGUUCUUCCCUUUCAAUAAGCUUGAAUCAUUUUAUCUUGAUAGCUCGUUCGUUUGAUCGUUUCUCUCUUUCAUCUGAACGAAAGUGAUUUCUUUCAUUUUCUUUUGUCUUUCUCUUUUUCUCUUUCUCUUUCUCUUCAAAUUUUCAAUAAAACUUUGCGAGCAAGUUAUCAAACCUCUACUAUCCAAGACAUACAUUUUCAAGAAGGAACUCAUUGGAUAAACAUCGAAAGAAGGAGAAAAAGAGUGUUCAUAGUUUCUCUCUUCGAUCAGGACGAAUCACGACGAGCUUGAUGUUUCUCCUUUUAAUUUGUAGAUAAAUAGAAUUUUAUUCCUAUAAAAUGUAUUCUAUGUAUAUGUAUAUGUUUAUAUAUAUAUAUAUAUACAUGUAGAAAUAUAAAUAUAUCCAUAAAUAUAUGUGUGUAUAUGUAUACAUAUGUAGAUAUAUAACUCGUGGGAAAGAUGAAAUAACUUCGAUGAAAAUAUAUGAAAUUUCUUUUCAACGUAUUACAACUUCCUUCAUUCUUCUUUUUUUUUCUUUUUUUUCUUUUUUUUUUUCUUUUAUAAUACGUUCCUGGAUCUAUUCUCUUUUCUCUUUCGUCUUUUUAAAUGAGAAAAUAGAUGUGUACAUAUAUGUAAUUUGUCUCGGUGAAAAGAACGACGUUCUCGUUAUAUUGUACGACAAAGAUCUCCUGAGAGGAUGAUAAUUGGACCGCUGCGAAAGAGUCUUAAUUAGAUAUUAAUUAGAAAGUUAGUAAUGAGAUUUCUUCUGUAAUGCCAAAAAUUAUCUUAAGAGUUUUUUCUUUCUUUCUUUCUUUUUUCUCUUUCCUUUUUCUUUUCUUUUAAGAAUCGUUCAUACUGAGAAAAUCUUUAGAAAAGUUGUUUGCCUAAUUGAUUAGCGAAGAUUAGGGAUCGAUUGUUUUUCAAAUCCUUCGAGGAACUCUUAAUCCUAUUUGGGACCUACUUUUGAAGCAUCCGUGAGAGAAAGUAAGAGGAGCAGCUUGCUGGCGCCUGUUCUCGCUUACUCGCAUGCUUUCGAGAAAGUAAAAUCUUCUUUGAGCGUAUAGUAGUAGUAGAAUCGCUUGAUAGAGAGCAACAGAUAUAUGUAUACAUAUAUAGAUACAUACAUAUAUAAAAUGUUUCUCGAUUUUCGUCCAUCCACUAUACUUCGUAACGUAGAACGUAGGAUCAUCGUUGAUCGUAAUUUUACCGACCUCGAGAUCAAAUUUCAUGGAUAACAAAUUUAACGAGAUAAAUAUGUAUGUAUAACAUUAAAAAGAAAUCUUGAAAAUCGUA